GCGCGUGCUUUUCGGGCCAAUCAUCGCUCGACCGAUUUUAAAAAUAGAUUAACACAAUCAAGUACAUGUCAUGAAAUGUACAUGAUGGAACGCUUCUGACAUAUAGACAAGUAACUUAUUUACAGUUGAUUUCUCCCGGAAAAUGGAAGGGUCGCGCCAUCAGACAUGGCUAACGGAGAAUAUUGAUCACAGUGAAUCAAAAGGGAGCUCUGAAAGGGUCCAAGAUCAAAAUACAGAGGGAUCGAAUUGUGAUACUUCAAAUGAAGACAACAGUAAACACACACCCAAGUUCAAAAGCCCGACAUACAAUGCAGACGACAGUGGAUUUGUCGACCUGUGUCCGUCACAGGAAGUGGAUGAUGACGUGUGGCCUACACGCAGAGAAAGUUUUCUUCAAAGCUCCACACCAAAUAGGAGAACUUUACCAGAUCAACAUUCAUCACGUUUUGAGAUAACACAGAGUUCCCCAAUACAAGUACGAAGUUUUCAAGUCCCCCCUCUAGCAUUAAGAUCUUACUUUAUUGCACAAUGCGACACUCCAAAGUGGAAUGUUGACCAGCCAAGAAGCAUAUCAAACACCGUCCUGAAUAAUGUUGUUUCUAAUCAGUAUACUGGUAUAAAUUACCAAGAUUACCACUCUAAUCGACUUCUAAGUGAAUACGCCAAACUCAUAUCUCUAACAAGCACUGGCAAUGAGCAGAGUCACGUCUCAGAGUUAACCCGUGGUCAUAGCACCAUAGCCUCUUUGUUAAACUCACGUCCAUUACAUUUGGUAAAUAUUGCUCAAAGAAAUCCGGAACACAACUUUAUAAAUGAUAUUGCAGAGGCUCGAAAAAUUGUCGAAAGUGUUACGAAUGACUCUUCGGCUGAUACUAGCACCUUUUGUAAAAUUGGAGAAGAAAGUUGUAAAACGGCUACCAUCACGAGCCAUUACACAACACCUAUAAUCAGGGAUACAGUUGAAUCUCAAAAUACAAUCGCCUAUACAUGUGAGGUAGAUUCUGAAUGUCUAGAUGAUAAACAAAAGUUCACUUUGAACAGCAUGUCAAAUGAAUAUGACGAUGACUCACUAGGCAUAGAUAAAAACAAUAAUCUACAACUAGUUCAAAAAUAUAGCGAUAUAAGUGACGCAUGCGUGAGCGACACCGAAACAUCAGUUGAAGCAUCGAGUUCUGAAGAAGACCCGCCUAAAGCGAAACAGGACAUCAUAAAUGUGUCAAACAAGAGCAAGAGAAAAGCCAGAUAUCCACGUCGUAGUGCGGUGAAAGAUGAUCCUUCAUUUAAAGGUGUCACAGUGCGCUUUCAGACUUCAUUUAGUAACGGACAUAGCCGCUUACAUAUGUCCGCAUUUUAUAGUAAUGUGAAGGUGCGGUCACCAAGAAGACGAUCAACAGUGUAUGGUAAUAGAUGUUCUACACCACAAUACACCUCCGAUACUGACGAUAUAUCCCCACCACCUUACUGUCAUAAAGAUUGUCAUACAACAGUGAAGACAUGCACCUCAUGUAAGACACGUAGAACACCACUGUGGAGAGACGCUGAGGAUGGUACCCCGCUUUGUAAUGCUUGUGGUAUCAGAUAUAAGAAGUAUAGACUCCGGUGUAGUAAAUGCUGGCAUAUACCAAAGAAAGAGGUGAAAACCUACCCUAACUGCCCUGCAUGUGGAGCUUCACUGAGAUUCUCUUUUCACAAGAAAUCCUGGUAAAUUAUACUGGAAAAUGCAGAAGAUUGUUGUCCUAGGUGUUUCAAUGUGUGAAGUGUUUACACUUUGCUAGUUGUGAAUAUAAAAUAAUGCGUCAUGUUCAUUUCCCACACAACAAAAGUUAUAAAUGGGUAGACUUACCGAUUUCAGACUGACCAUCCGGCCUUCUUUGAACGCAAUCUUGUGUGCGCUUCUCAAAAACCGCACAACCAAUUAUGAUAAAGCAUAAUAGGAGUAAUUUUCAUGAGGUGUACUUGCGCCUGCAUAUCGUAAGAAAGUUUACCUUCAUCUAUAAAUAACCUUGAUCUUUAUUGUUAAUUUCUUGAAUUUGGGUGAAAGAAGCUAUACGUUAUCGGCUGUAUAUUGUAUUUAAGAAAUAAUAUAUCCCAAACAGUGAUUUUAUCGCUCAAUAACAUCACUUUGGAGUUCGGAUGCGAGGAAUUAUAUCACGAGGGCGUAGCCCGAGUGAUAUAAUUAUGCGCAUCCGAACGACAAACAGUGAUGUUAUCAAGCGAUAACAUCACUGAUUUGGAUAUAUUAUUUCGAUUCUAACACGACAUCAACAAAUAAAUGUUGCCGUACUUGAUAGUUAAGCAAAAUUGCGCCUGAUUUGUUUCCGUACUUAUUUUCAGCGCGUCGGAUUUUUAGUGGUUACGUCACGUGUAUAAUGAUUACGUCACAUGUCUAAAUAUAGAACGUCAAACUGUGCAUCUGUUGCAUAAUAACACACACUUUCUGUUCUUAUAUGUUCAAUAGGGAAAAAUGCGGGUCGUGUUAGAAUCAUACUUUGACAUAAUAACCCUUUUGAUCUUAAUUUUAAGAAUAUUCAACCCAAUUUGACCUUGACCUAUAAAUGAAUUGGAUCCUAUGGUAAAUUCAUUGAAUUGUAAAAAAGUUGCCAGAGUUUUAUUAUUUAUGAAU